AUGAAUGAUUUCCAGAGUGAACAACAAAUGGAUUGUGCCCUAGAUUUAAUGAGACGGUUGCCACCUCAGCAAAUUGAGAAAAAUCUCAGUGACCUCAUUGAUCUUGUACCUUCUUUAUGUGAAGAUCUUUUGUCAUCUGUGGAUCAACCACUUAAAAUAGCGAAAGAUAAAGAAUCUGGUAGAGAUUACUUAUUAUGUGACUAUAAUAGAGAUGGAGACUCAUACAGGUCUCCAUGGAGUAAUACAUAUGAUCCUCCAUUGGAAGAUGGCUCGAUGCCUUCGGAAAGAUUGAGAAAAUUGGAAAUUGACGCCAAUCAUGCAUUUGAUCAGUACAGAGAAUUGUAUUUCGAAGGUGGUGUAUCAUCAGUUUAUCUUUGGGACUUAGACCAUGGAUUUGCUGGUGUUAUUUUAAUCAAAAAAGCAGGCGAUGGAUCAAAAAAGAUAAAAGGUUGUUGGGACUCAAUUCACGUAGUUGAAGUCCAGGAAAAAUCAACUGGUAGAAAUGCACAUUAUAAACUUACUUCAACAGCUAUGUUGUGGUUACAAACGAAUAAACAUGGCUCUGGUACUAUGAAUUUAGGUGGAAGUCUCACAAGACAGGUUGAACAAGACCAACCAAUCAGUGAAACUUCACCACAUAUCGCUAAUAUUGGUCGUAUGGUAGAAGAUAUGGAGAAUAAAAUCCGUAAUACUUUGAACGAAAUAUAUUUUGGUAAAACGAAGGAUAUCGUUAAUGGCCUGAGGUCAGUGCAAUCGUUGGCCGAUCAAAGACAGCAAGCUGCCUUGAGACAAGACCUAGCAGCAGCAUUACAAAGGCGAAAUGCUAACAAUUGA